CCACCUCCUCGCUCGGCCCCGCCUCACCGCCGCGACGCUCAAGGAGCCGGGCCCCGGCCGCUUCUCCCGAUCCCCCUUGCGCGUUGAGCCUGCGGAAGCAUGGAGGGGGAGAGUACGUCGGCGGUGCUCUCCGGCUUUGUGCUCGGCGCGCUCGCUUUCCAGCACCUGAACACCGACUCGGACACGGAAGGUUUUCUUCUUGGGGAAGUGAAAGGUGAAGCCAAGAAUAGUAUUACUGAUUCCCAAAUGGAUGAUGUUGAAGUUAUUUAUACAAUUGACAUCCAGAAAUAUAUUCCAUGCUAUCAGCUCUUUAGCUUUUAUAAUUCUUCUGGUGAAUUAAAUGAGCAAGCACUGAAGAAAAUAUUAUCAAGUGUCAAAAAGGCUGUGGUUGGUUGGUACAAAUUCCGACGUCAUUCAGACCAGAUCAUGACAUUUAGAGAGAGACUGCUUCAUAAAAACUUACAGAAGCAUCUUUCAAGCCGGGAACUGGUUUUUCUGCUGUUAACACCAAGUAUAAUAACAGAAAGCUGCUCUACUCAUCGGCUGGAGCAUGCCUUAUAUAAACCUCAGAAGGGACUUUUUCACAGGAUACCAUUAGUGGUGGCCAAUCUGGGCAUGUCUGAACAACUGUGUUAUAAAACUGUAUCAGGUUCCUGUGAGUCCACUGGUUUUAGUCGAGCAAUAAAAACACACAGCUCUGAAUUUUUUAAAGAAGAUGGAUCUUUAAAGGAGGUACAUAAAAUAAAUGAAAUGUAUGCUUCUUUACAAGAGGAAUUAAAGAGUAUAUGCAAAAAAGUAGAACACAGUGAGCGAGCAGUAGAGAAACUACUAAAGGAUGUACACAGAUUGAAAUGGGAAAUUAAAAAAAGAAAACAGGCACAAAUUCAAGUAGCACGGGAGACCGUCGAAAAAGACCCUCAGGAGAACAUUUUUCUUUGCGAAGCUUUACGGACCUUUUUUCCAGAUUGCGAAUUUCUUCAUUCAUGUGUUAUCUCUUUGAAAAAUAGGCAUAUUUCUAAAAGUAGCUGUACUGCCAACCACCAUCUUGAUGUGAUAGACAACCUGACCUUAAUGGUAGAAUACACCGACAUUCCUGAAGCUAGUCCAGCUAGCAGUACACCGCAAAUGAUUAAACAUAAAGCUUUAGAUACUGAUGAUGGAUGGCAAUUCAAGAAGUCACGGCUGUUAGAGACACAAAACAAACCAUCUAAAACAGAUACUGAUAAUAGUAAUCAAGAAAAAGCAUAUACAUUGAGCAGCCCUGAAACAGAUGAAGAGAUUGAAAGAAUGAAGGGUUCUGGUGAAUAUCCACAGUCUCCUACAUUUUGAUCUUUUUAGGCCAAAAGGAGAGCUUUGAUUGGCUGAAGGGUAAAGCCAGACAUUUAUAUUGUCUUUACUAUGUUCAGCAAUUUGCAGUAAUACAUAAGUUCUAGUGCAUUUAUUUUUUAAGGCACUUUAUUUUAAAACCAUAACAUUUUUCUGCCCCCCACCUUUUGAAAGAUUUUAUUUUUAACUAAUCUCCUACACCCAGCAAGGAGCUUGAACUCACAACCCCAAGAUCAGGAGUCACACACUCCACUGACCAAGCCAGCCAGGUGCCCCUUUUACAAAACUGUUGAGGGAAAGGCCUAAUUUAAGUAGAUGGUUCUUUUAAACUUAUAUAGCAUACUUUAGAAUUGGAAAAGAAAGACUAGCAUUAGAACACAAUAGAAGAAGAUGUCUAAAAAUGUGAAGAGGUAUUUCAUUUUAAGUCAUUACAGUUUCUAUUCCUUAAGUUAUAAGUGGCUGGGGUUGCCAGAUAAAAUGCUGGAAACAUGCAAUAUUAGGGACAUUCAUUAAAAAAUUAUUCAUUGGUUAUCUGAAAUUCAAAUUUAAUUGCAUGUCCUAUAUUUUUAUUUGCUAAAUCUGGCAGUUCUGAUUAUGGCACAACUAAAAUACAGCACAAAUAAUCUCUUCCUAGUCUAGAGUCCUCUACACAAAAUUGAGUGAAUCCAGUACUUGAGUAUAGGACAAGUCUGGUAAUGGUGUGUCUGAGGUCAGUAGCUGGUCAAGUAGCUAGAAACACCAGUUAAAGUGGGAACCAAAAAUGGUGCAUAUGUGUAUAUAUAUUUAUAUAUACAUGUCUAUCGCAGAUUUCAUUUUAACAUAAAGUGGAGUUGUACAUUCAUUUUGUCAAUCUUUUGUUGUAGGGCUAGGAACUUUUCUGUGAGUAUACUGGUGUUCCUAUAUAAGUCACAUCCAUUACUUUUAUAGUUCCCAGUUUUAGUUUCUUUAUAAAGAAUUUAAAGAAGCUUGCAAAGCAACCUAAGUACAAAAUGCUACUACUUUUUUUUUCCCAUUUCACAGCAUCCUUCUACUUCCACCCUUCUUUAGUUGUCCUAACACACCUAACUUGACAACUAUUUUUUUUUAAUGUUUUAAUUUAUUUUUGAGAAAGAGUGCGCACACACGAGCGGAGGAGGGGCAGAGAGAGGAAACACAGAAUCUGAAGCAGGCUCCAGGCUCUGAGUUGUCAGCACAGAGCCUGAUGUGGGUCUUGAAUUCAUGAACUACGAGAUCAUGACCUGAGCCGAAGUGGGACACUUAACUGACUGCACCACCCAGGCACCCUGGGUGGUGCAGUCAGUUAGAAAGCAUUUACUUAGUUUUCAUUGCAGUAACUUUUUAAUGCUCCUACUUCAAUACAGUGACAAAACUGACACAGACUUGGGAACAAAAUAGCUGACUCUUGGCAAUGUAGAACUCAACAGGUUUGAAGAAUUAUGGGCUUCAGUAUGAUAUUUGAGGAUGUAAACCUCCAGUUUAAUCUAGUGAGCUGGUUAAAUGGAAGUUGCCUAAGAGAGCUUUUACUGUGUGUUUUAUUUCUUUUACAUAAUUGUGAGAAUUUUCCACAAGGCCUACACAUUAUAUGAAGCCUUCAUGUUUCACUCACUGGAUGAAAUGCUGAACACAAACUUUGAGCAUAGCUUUUCCAUCUGCUACUUCCUAGUGGCAGAACAAAUUCCUAGCUACUAUCAAAAUUAUCUUUUAUCUAUGUUAACAUGUAUUAGUUACCCAUGGGGUGCUUAUGAAGCCCACAUAACAACUGAGAUGUUUUGUAUAAAGAGUUUCUGUUGGGGCUGUUUAACUGGUUACCUAAGAAGCACUGUGGUGUAACAACACAGGGCAGAGGGAGGGGAAAUAGGUUGGCAGUCUGAAACCUGACUUAAAAAUAACCACAAAUGGGGCAGGUGGGCAGCUGGGUGGCUCAGUUGGUUGAGUUUCUGACUCUUGAUUUUGGCUCAGGUCACGAUCCUGGGUUUGUGGGACCAAGCCCCGUGUUGGGCUCUGCACUGAGCGUGGAGACUGCUUAAGAUUCUCUUUCCCUCUGCCCCUCCCCACCCCACUCACACACACUAAAAUUAAAAUAACCACAAACAUCACUAGAGCAUAUAGAGCAUCACACAGAACAUAAUGACUAAAUGCAGCCAACAAAUGACUUGCUGGAGGUCACUGAGCACACAUCACCUAGUUUACCUGUAUGCUGGACUGAGACAAAGGUUCCUCACCCCCUCCCAUCCUUGGAAUAUACACUUUGCCUACUGUUACCACAUUGGGAGUGUUCCAAGGACAUGGACUUGAGAAAGCAAGCUGUUAAGACCAUAUGGAUUAUGUGUGACUAAACCCAGUUAAGGCCUCAAUAUAAACUUUUAAGACUCUUGACGGGCAGGUGCAGAGAUCUGUUUUUCUGAGAUCUGUCUUGUGGUCACCCAAGACCAGCUUUGUAAGUAAGUUCUCUGGCUUAUUUACGCUGCUACUUACCAGUCUGGAGUCAUCUGCCUCUUUAGUGUUUUCCUGCCCUCCAUGUACCAGUCUACUAAUCAACAGAUAAAACAAGCUAGACUAGGGGCACCUGGGUGGCUCAGUCGGUUAAGCGUCCGACUUCAGCCCGGGUCACCAUCUCGCGGUCCGUGAGUUCGAGUCCCGUGUCGGGCUCUGGGCUGAUGGCUCAGAGCCUGGAGCCUGCUUCUGAUUCUGUGUCUCCCUCUCUCUCUGCCCCUACCCCAUUCAUGCUCGGUCUCAAAAAUAAAUAAACGUUAAAAAAAAAAAUUUUUUUUUAAACAAAAAAAAAAAUAAGCUAGACUAGGACCAGCAGAAGCAAUAAGCAACCAACAUAUGCAAAUGUCUUAAGACAGUAACUAAAGAUUUUUCAGACUCCUUAAAAGAAACAGGCCUUCAUACAAAGUUCAGUUUGCUAAAGCACUAUAGAGAGGUAAUGUAUUUAGUUCAUACUUUGGCACAAUGAUCCAUCUUGAAGAAAGAAAUGCUAAACUUCCAGUCAUAGAGAAGCUUGCUAAGGUCAGUACCAGCUGAAUUUCCAUAAUUAAGUUUGAUGACCCACCUUUUGGUAUUAAAUGAAAAGAAGGAAAAGGGUCCUUCUAUAUCAUUUUCCCCCAGUUACUCAUCUUUUGGCAAUUAGUUACUAGACCACUUGUUUAUGGAUCAUUUUAAAUUAUGCUACUGGGACACCUGGGUGGCUCAGUUGGUUAAGUGUCCGACUUUGGCCCAGGUCAUGAUCUCACCAUCCAUGAGUUUGGGUCUCGUGUCAGGCUCUGUGCUAACAACUCUGAGCCUGGAGCCUGCUUUGGAUUCAGUGUCUUCCUCUCUCUGCCCCUCCCCCAUCCAUGCUCUGUCUCUAUCUCUCAAAAGUAAGUAAAUGUUUAAAAAAAAAAAAAAAAUCAAAGUACACUACCAGUUUCAAGAUAGACUAGCCCAGGAAUAAAUGUUAGGGUCUUUGCACCACUAUCCACACCCGCAUAACUAAUGUCUCUAUAAAGGGAACACCCACUGUCCUGGCCAGGCAUACUUAAAUAUUGGUAGUUAGAAAAUCUAAGCAAUUUCAAGUCUACACUCUGUCACAUGGAAUUUGGGCAUUAAUAAAAGCAUUCUACCUUGAUGCAACCAUAUGCCUAAAAUCCCAUUUACAAGACAAAAUCUGGGACUCAAGUAAAAUUCCAAGUCCUCUAUUCCAUACUUAAAAUCCCAAUAUGAGUUGUAUAUGGUAUGAGCUAAGUGGGGACCAGAUAAAAUGACAAUCCUACAGUACCAAUUUUUAAAGUUUGUAUGUAUGUAAAAUGUGAUGAGUAUUAACAUUUUAAAUAAUGUUUCUUUAAUGAGCAGUGGAAGCACUUUUUCCUUGUAAGAUCUCAAUUAUUAAGAAUUUAAAACUUACAAGCAUUUGGCAAGAUUUAGCCUAUUUUCUACUCAAAGAUUAUUAAAUCUUCUAAUUUGAGUCAAUAUUAAAACCAUACAACCAUUUAUUGUAAAAUACAUUUACUGAUGAUAAGACAUGUAAUUUACUCCCGAUACUUGAUGUUACAAACUUUAGGGUCUUUGAGAUAUGCAGGAUCCUUGUAUGUAACUGGCAUAAACCCUGUAAAAAAGAAUGAAAGUUCUUCACAAAAGAUAACGAGCAAAAACUUUCGAUUAGCCCAAUUCAGUUUUUCAGAUGCUCUUACCCAUUAUUUGAGCUCUCUUAAUUGCUUUUGUGAUUUCUUUCUGUUUCUUCCCACAAAGACCUAUGAAAGAAAUGCUUUCAUAUUCAUAAAAAAAUGUCAGCACUCAAAAUGCACAACAACUGUCUUAAGGAAAGGCUAGAAAACCUGUAAACAGCAAGGUAGUAAAUAUUUUAGGCUCUGUGGGCCAUACAGUGUCCUAAUUUAGUCUGAUGUAGCUCACAAAGUGGCUACAGACACUACGUAAAGUAAGCUAUUUACAAAAACAAGUGGUAGAUCCAACUUGGCCUAGAGGCAAUUGGCCCCAGGUUUAAAUAAAUAGGAAUGAUUAUAGUAUACUCCAAAACAUCAAUGCAAUUUUCUUAAGCCCUCAUUUUUUUUUUUUUUUACAUGUCCGCCUGUAGUUAGCUCUGAGCAUAAGAAGACAUGUAAAAUAAUAGCCCUUUUGGACUACAAAGAGGCUUUCUCAAAGUACUGUCAUAUCUGGUCUAAUAGUGAUUUAUAGCACAAUCUGAAUAUCUGCCAUUUUUCUUAAAUAACAAGUACAUUUAUCUAAUUUUUAUAAGUUGCUAUAAUAGAAAAAAUACCUGUUAUGUGCCUUCCAUAAAUGCAUCCAGUAAAUGGAGAUAUAAACUGGGACAAAAGCUGUUUUGAGUUUUAUUUGGAGAAGAAAAAAAAUUUAUAUCAAUACAUUUGUUCAACCUUGAUUGUGUAAAUUAAAAAAUGUAUAUAUCACUGUCAAGUUAUGUAAAGGCUUAAUUUCAGGCAAAAUUCAUUAAAUAAAAAUACUAUGUCCAUUCUA